AUUAAAGAGAAAAUGCUGCUAUCAGUGACUGCUAGGCCUGGGAUUUCGACUUUUGGCUAUAACAAGAACAACAAGAAGCCAUAUGUGUCAUUGGCUCAGCAGAUGGCACCACCUAGUCCAAGCAACAGCACCCCUAACAGCAGCAGCGGCGGGAGUAAUGGCAAUGACCAGCUGAGCAAAACCAACCUCUACAUCCGAGGGUUGCAGCCAGGCACGACUGACCAGGACCUUGUCAAGCUGUGUCAGCCGUAUGGCAAGAUCGUCUCCACUAAGGCCAUCCUGGACAAGACCACAAACAAGUGCAAAGGCUAUGGUUUCGUGGAUUUUGAUAGCCCCUCGGCCGCCCAGAAGGCUGUCACAGCCCUGAGAGCCAGCGGUGUGCAGGCACAGAUGGCAAAGCAACAGGAGCAGGACCCCACCAAUCUGUACAUCUCCAACCUGCCACUGUCCAUGGACGAGCAGGAACUGGAAGGGAUGCUAAAGCCCUUUGGCCAGGUCAUCUCCACCCGCAUCCUACGGGACACCAGCGGUACCAGCAGAGGGGUCGGCUUUGCAAGGAUGGAGUCCACCGAGAAGUGUGAGGCCAUCAUCACCCACUUCAAUGGAAAAUACAUCAAGACACCCCCUGGAGUACCAGCCCCGUCUGAUCCUUUGCUUUGCAAAUUUGCCGAUGGUGGGCCUAAGAAACGACAAAACCAAGGAAAAUUUGUGCCAAACGGAAGAGCCUGGCCAAGGAGCGGCGACGUGGGUGGUAUGGCCUUGACCUAUGACCCCACCGUAGCUCUGCAGAAUGGGUUCUACCCAGCCCCUUACAACAUCGCCCCCAACAGGAUGCUUGCUCAGUCGGCACUGCCCCCCUACCUUCCAUCUCCUGUGUCUUCCUAUCAGAGAGUGACUCAGACUUCUCCUCUGCAAGUCCCUAACCCAUCCUGGGUGCAUCACCAGUCAUACCUCAUGCAGCCUUCGGGCUCAGUUCUGACACCAGGAAUGGAUCACCCCAUUUCACUGCCACCAGCCUCCAUGAUGGGACCCCUAGCCCAGCAACUGGGCCACCUCUCCCUUGGCAGCACAGGCACGUACCUGCCGACGGUGGCAGCCAUGCAAGGAGCUUAUAUCUCCCAAUACGCCCCUGGACCUUCCUCCAGUGUUUCAGUCGAGGACAGCAGCGGCCAGCAGAGCCAAGUGGCAGUCGAUGCCCCCUCCGACGCUGCUGUCUAUUCCUUCCAGUUCAGCAAGUGACUGGGUAAGCUGUUGCACGCUGGGGAGGCUGUGCUGUGAUAGGAGAUGCCACUUCUCCCGCCCUCCCCGCCUGCCUGGAACUGAAGAGAAUUUCUGGCAAUGCAGGUGCUCCUGGGCCUGAGUCUGGAGGACGCCUGUGGCCUGGCAAAGGCCUAAUCCGGGCCAUUGUCUCCUGCAGGCACAGGCCUGGAACAGGCAUUGAUGCCCUCCCGCCCUCUGCUUGCUGUCCGCUGCCCAUAGAGCCUGGGCGAGCCGUCACUUGGGGAUGUCGCAGUCUUGGGGAUCAAAACACUUUUUUCUUUUGGCAAAGAAAGUCUUGUGUCCCGCUGGUAGCUGUGCUGCGGUUUUUUUUCCCUCCCCUAAAGAGCUCAGCCUGAGCGGCAUCUCCCUGGGAGGAAACCCGGUUUUGAUGUAUGGGGAUUAUUUUUGAAGGCUUCCUAAAUAACUUGUUAAUGUUCUUUUAUGAACACCCAGGGAGUGAUGGCGCUGGCACAUUGAGGGACCCCUGCCCGCCACAAACCCUAGAUCUGGACCCUGGGUGCGUGCACGUGCGGGAGUGCGGGCUGCUCACCUGUGGCCCCACUGCACAGCCCCGCCAGUCCUUGUGCAGCUCCUGCCUCCUCUUCCCUCUGAUCGGUCAUUUUUUCUUUUCCAUGACCUCUGACCGUACCUGCUUCACCUUUGUACAGUUUUUGAUUUUGUGUUUUUUUAGUGAAAUUUCAUAUGGAACAGGACCAGGGGAAGGGGUAAUUGGGCCCGAAAUGAGGUGAGGGAAGCUGCUUUUCCACCCUUGGCCUGUCUUCCUGUUGGAAAGAAGGGCCAGCCUGUGCUUCAGGCCAGAGGCCCGGGAACCAGACCAGCCACAGCCCUUGGAAGCCAUCACAGGGCCCAGCAGGGCUGAAGACCAGGUCUUCCCCGGCGAGCUCGGAUGUGCAGACUCUCUCCUCUGCGUGGAGCAAGUGCCUUUGCAGCUGUGGCCUCUGGAGACACCUGCCUUCUGCCUGGAGACAUCUGUCCUUGUGCCCCCUGGUCACCUGGCUGGCCAGCCUCCCCAUGGCUCACCACUGUACUGGCAGCCUCUGCGCUGAGUUUACCCAGGCUCCUUCCCCGGGAGGACUUGCUGCUUUGCCUGUGGACCUGGGGCUCUGGUGACGGCAGCGCUAUCUGGAGACACCUUCCAUGCUGUGCCUGCGGGAGGCUGAGCUGGCUACAUAGCUCCUGGCGUCCAGAACAGCCUCACCACCCCAGCCACAAAGCGCCUUGGACCCCAGACUAAUGCCCACGUGGGAAGACCUCAUUCCAGGGUUGGUCUAAUUUCUGGGGUGGGGUUAAGUUCCCACCCCAGCCCAAGACACCUCAGGCCUUGUCACAUCCAUGCACCCAGCCUUGGUAGGAUCUUUGCAUUCUUCUUAGGCUUUGACCUGGGUCACUGUGGCCAUAGCUUGCACCAAGUGCGGAAAGACUGAGCUCUGGAAGUACCCCAGACACCUGCCUGCCCUGCUGUGCAUGGGCCCCUUCCCCAGGGAGCAGGUAGAGAGGCCAAUAAAUCCUUUCUCUGCUGAAAGGGCAGGAGUCCUUCCAAAAGCCCAUGUGCCUCCCUUCAGCUGUCCCCUCCCAGCCUGGCAAGAUCUGACUGCACAGGGAGGCAGAUGGCGCCCAGCCUUGGCUACAGGCUGAGGAACAUCAGUUCCAGCUGCUGGCUCCCCCAGUCACACCCUCUCAGGCUGAAGAGAAUUCUCCCUUCACCUCCCACAGGCACCUGUCUGCUAGGCCUCGGGCAGGCAAAGCAAACCAGCGGAGGGAGAGGCGGCUACAGGAUGGGAGGGCGAGCCACAGAGGAUGAGCAUGCUGUCUUUUGGCUUGGGCCCAGCCUUCCCUGGCUUGCCCUGCCCCAGAUUGCCCCCCCCCACACACACACACCUAGGGGAAUAGCCAUGUUUUCUCUGGUUGUGUCCAACCUUGGAAGGGGUUGUUCCAGUGUAAAGAGCCCCAAACUUGAGCAGCCUGCCAGAAGGGCCUGACUGAGCAGAUGAGCCUCAGUUAGUCCCCAGCCUCAGUGCAGGGAAAUGCUCUGUAGCCACUUUCUUGCCAGUGCCUUCUGAGAAACAAAUCCCAUCUAGAAUCCUGCGUGACUGAUGGCAGUUGGCAGGCUUGCUGUGAGGUUCAGUGCAGGGGCCCAACACACAUGCCACAGCCAUCCAGCCUUUGCUUCCCAGAGUCCCUGAUCCUGGCCCCUUUCUGUGUUUAGAACACUGUUUCAGAGUCUUUGCUGUGUUUUAAGCUGUGAGGGCUCCUCAUGUGAA